AAGUAUAAUUUAUUAAUUACUAAAUUGCCAUGAUUAAGUUUGUUAGAGAUUACAACCGAUACCAUGCCGAUUAAGUUAGUUUGCACUGUCACCAUCUGUUAACAGUAAAAAAUAGAAAAGAUAGUGUGGAACCGAGAUCUUAUUAAUAGAGAGAGUUUACAAUGAAGAGAGAAUGAUGAUGGAAAAUUAUCUCCUUCCUUAGGUUCCCACUUUUUUAACUGUGACUGCCUCAUUAAAAACCUUAACUAGAAAAAACCCUGUGGGAUAAAAAAUCUAGCUUAAGGAAAAAAGAGUGCAGCAUAGGCCGGUUGUCUUGUGAUGGCUGUUAAUCCUUCUGCUUUCGGUUUUGUUUCGAUCCCUACUUCCGGCUCUAUUUCGAUCCCUGCUUCCGAUUCUAUUCCGAUCCUUGCUUUCGUUGGUUCUUGCAUUUUCUUUCUUUUUCUUCGCCAUUUUUCUGUUUUGAUGGAGGGGAAUCCUUCAAAAUCUGCUGUUAUGGCUCCAGUUGCUCGGGAUAUUGCCGAGAUGGGGGUGGAUCCCAUUGUCAGAGUGAGCCUUUCUUCUUUCGAAUCCAAGUGUUUUGACAUUUUCCAUUUUCCUGGCUGGUUUGUGGUGAAGGAUGCUUUACGUCAUGUAGAGAGGAAUCCCAUGACCCUUCCUUUUCCAAUGGAGAACAACACCAUGUUCAUCACCUUAAUCCUUCUAUCUCCGACUCCUCCAAACCCUCCCCCAACUAUAACUGCUGAGAUCGUGAAAGGAGGCGAGACAAGGAACGCUGCUCGGAAUGCUACAAUUGCUAGCAUGAGGAGGAAGCCAAGGAGCGUGAGUGUGCAUGGUUGGAGAAAUUGGCGGAUCGAGAUCAUGAGAAGGAGUUGAAGGUGAUUAAAGAAUAGUAUAUUGGAUCAAAAUCCUCAUAAGGCCCAGCUCAAGGGUUCCAAGUCAGAAUUGACCGGAGGGAGCAGAGAAAGCUUGCUGCCAAGAAUGUGAGAGAGAUGUAGUCCCUUGCUAAGUUGAUUAUGCUUGAUCGCAUCUCUAAGUUUGAGAGCAUGGAUGCUGCUGUGUAGGUUUAAGCUGAUCCCAAGUUGAAGAAAGUUUAUGAUUAAGGUUCAACGCAUGUUCCUUUGGGUAGAUCUCUGGUUGAAGUAGACUAAGGAUUAGGUAGCUUUUGAGGACGCAGAGGAUUCUGUUAUAGUUAUCACGGUUGGAGUAGUUUAGCGAAUGCGGAGGUUCUCAAGGUACACCCAAACUUGCUCACAGCUUUUUGCUUGUCUGUGUAACUUUUGUUUGAGUAUUUAAUGUACACCCAAACUUGCUCACAGCUUUUGCUUGUGUAACUUUUGCUUGGGUAUUUAAGGUACCCCCAAACUUGCUCACAGCUUUUCGCUUGUGUGUGUAACUUCUGCUUGGGUAUUUAAUGUAUACCCAAACUUGCUCACAGCUUUUGCUUGUGUAACUUCUGCUUGGGUAUUUAAGGUACACCAAAACUUGCUCAUAGCUUUUUGCUUGUCUGUGUAACUUCUGCUUGGGCAUUUAAUGUACACCCAAACUUGCUCACAGCUUUUUGCUUGUCUGUGUAACUUUUGCUUGGGUAUUUAAUGUACACCCAAACUUGCUUGCAGUUUUCGUUUCCGUCACUUUUGCUUGCAUAUUAUAUCAUUUUAAGAUUUUCUCCUGCGCAGGUUCUUAGUGACUCUCUUGUCUUCUGUUUGAUUGUUAGGAGAUGAUGGUUGGUCUUUCGAGGAGCUCACAGCUUUCUUGAAAGUUGCUGGAAAUUGCUUGCAUAAUAGAGCAUUCGAGGCUCCAUAUACCAUCAUUGCCAUUCUAUAUCCUUACACGUGCUCCACUGGAUCUUGAGUUCCAUCGUAUUCAGCUGGCUGCGAAGUUUUGAAAUUUGAUGGCACAGGUUCCCUAAUGAUUUCAUCUAUAAAGGCUUUUUCUACUAAAGCUGUGUGUGCUGGUUCUGCGUACCUCUGCCUGCCUGCUUCUAUUUUUGCCAGAUGUUGUCACAAUGCUUCAAUUUCUUUGUAAAUAUCGUCAUUAUGAACCUAUGUUUCUGCCUUUUGUGGUUCUGUUGCGACAAAUGUAGCCUUAUGGACUUGAUGGCUGUCCCUUUCUUUGGUUUGAAUGUGUGCAAGGUUUCAUGUUUUUGCUCCGAAAAUUGUAUUGAGUGAAAGCUGAGGAUGGUUGCAAGCUCGUGUCGACUGUCAACUCUGUCGGUUUUAAAGCAUCUCUCGGAUUCAUGCUUGACGAAGAAGAGUUACUCAUUCUGGCUUUGCUUCUGGAACCUAGGGUACUUCUACUAGGAGGUGAUGAAUUUUCUGAAUUUUCCAUGUGAUAUUCGUGGAUCAAAAAGAACUCGGCCCCAUGGUGGGCACCAAAUGUUAACAGUAAAAAAUAGAAAAGAUGGUGUGGAAUCGAGAUCUUAUUAAUAGAGAGUUUACAAUGAAGAGAGAAUGAUGAUGGAAAAUUAUCUCCUUCCUUAGGUUAGUCUUAGAGGUAUUUAUAGGAUGUCUAAAUACAGUUACUCUAAGAAUACAAUUUUAUUUAAUUG